AUGACAAGUCCGAAACGAAACAGUUUGAGCGAUAAAGAUGGACUCCUUACGCCAACACCCUCUCACAACCAUGCGGUCUCGCAUCGUCAAAGAAGAUCGUCGUCCAUCAUUCAACAUCUUGAGCCUGAUACUUUGGACACUAAGAUUGAUCAAUCUUUGAAUCCAAAUUUGAACGCAGAUUGGGUACACUACAAAGGCGCUUGGGUAAUCCAUAUUGUUUUAAUCAUCUUCCUUAAAUUGUUUUUUGAUUUCAUAACUGUGCUAGACAAUGACUGGAAAUGGACGUUAACAAAUGUGGUUUAUAACAUUGGCUCUUAUAUAAUGUUUCAUCAGGUUAAAGGAACUCCAUUUGAAUUCAAUUCAGGUGCUUACGACAACUUGACUAUGUGGGAACAAAUUGAUAACGGAGAUCAGUACACUCCGACAAAGAAGUUUUUAAUGAUGGUGCCAAUCACGCUAUUCUUGAUUUCAACGCAUUAUUCGAAUUACAACUUAUAUCUGUUCACUGUGAGCGGUAUCAGUUGUUUGUGUGUAGUAGUUCCCAAACUUGCAAUUGCUCACAGAUUGAGAGUUACGUUAUUUUGA